ACCACCCAGAUGAUGAUGAUGAUCACGAAUCCUCAACCGUGAACCCCCAAAAAACCCUAAAUUGAUUCGCUGGUCUGCAAUUGCUGCAAAUUCCUCCGCCUGAGCCUUCCGACGCUCGGCUGUUGUUCGUCCGUGGGUUUAUUUCCAAAUUCCAAUGGCGGGUAACAACAGCAAUGCCGCCUCUGUAAAUCUUGAAAAAGAGCAGAUCUUUGGAAUGGCAGAGAAAGAGAUGGAGUACAGGGUAGAUCUUUUUAACAGGCUUACUCAGACAUGUUUUGAAAAAUGUAUUGAGAAAAGGUACAAGGAACCUGAACUGAAUAUGGGUGAAAACAGCUGCAUCGAUCGAUGUGUUUCAAAAUACUGGCAGGUAACGAACUUGAUAGGUCAGCUUCUUGGCUCCAACCGACCACCAAUGUGAUUGAUGCCUCUAUCAGCAACAGUCAAUGUUUGGAUAGUUUGGGGCUAUUUUGGGCAUCUGAUCGCAUGAGAUUUUGUCAUGACAAACAAUGUUGAAAGAGCUAUUUCGAAUAUGUGUUGAUGAAUAACAACACAUCAAAGCUCUGUAUUUGUUGUUUUAGUUGAUAUUUUCACACAUUUUCUUAAACCAUGUGGCAGUUACAUUAAAUAACAAGGAGUGCAACAUGACCAA